CUCCCUAACCCCGCCACACCCCUCGUUGCACCUCGCUACACCCCAUUACGCUACCCCCACACCCCGCUGUGACUGCUACCACGACACACCCAAAUCACGCUUCUCGCGCUGCCACCCUCUACCAACCACCACCAUGCUUUUGUUCAAGGACGUUAUUUCUGGCGAUGAGCUUGUCUCCGAUGCUUAUGACCUGAAGGAGGUCGACGACAUUGUCUACGAGGCCGACUGCCAAAUGGUGAAUGUCAAGCAAGGUGGCGAUAUCGACAUUGGUGCCAACCCCUCUGCUGAGGACGGCGGUGAUGAUGUCGAGGAGGGUGUCGAGACUGUCAACAACUUGGUCUACUCCUUCCGUCUCAACCAGACUUCCUUCGACAAGAAGUCUUACAUGACCUACAUCAAGGGCUACAUGAAGGCUAUCAAGGCUCGUCUCCAGGAGUCCAACCCUGACCGUGUUCCCGUCUUCGAGAAGAACGCUGUCGGUUACAUCAAGAAGAUCCUCGGCAACUUCAAGGACUACGACUUCUACACUGGUGAGAGCAUGGAUCCCGAUGGAAUGGUCGUCCUUCUCAACUACCGUGAGGAUGGUGUCACCCCCUACAUGACCUUCUUCAAGGACGGUCUUCUCUCUGAGAAGUUCUAAGAAGUAUGAGUAGUUGAAUGGGAUAAUUAAUUGGGACAUUUAUGGAGAUUGCGAAGCGGUGACAUAGGGCUGGAGGAAGCGAAUGUGCAUAGGUGCAUGUAUAUAUGUGUGA